AUGGAACAGUGGAGAGGCAAGGUGGCGAUAGUUACUGGCGCCAGUGCUGGAAUCGGGGCAGCGAUCGUAGUCAAGUUGGCGGAGAGCGGUGUGCACGUCGUGGCACUCGCCAGGAGAGAAAACUUACUCAAGGAAUUAGCGGAAUCUUUAACUGAUAAAGACUACGGGACUAUUUAUGCAAAGGUAUGCGAUGUCACUAACGAACAAGCUGUAAAAGAUGUUUUUUCGUGGGUAGAUUCAACACUAGGAGGUCCUAGUAUUUUAGUUAACAAUGCCGGAAUUGCGAAAUUAUCAAGUCUUUUAAACGGAAAACUGGAGGAUUGGCAAGAAACAUUGAAUCUCAAUGUUCUGGCAUUGAGCGUGUGUUCGAGAGAAGCUUACAAAUCGAUGACGAAAAAUAAGAUCAACGGUCACAUCGUUCAAAUAAAUAGUGUCGCUGGUCAUGGUUUAACUUCGUAUUUUGGUAUCAAAAUGUAUAAUGCUUCAAAGAAUGCAGUCAGGAUACUGUGCGAUGGACUUCGACACGAACUACAAUUAGUGGGAUCCAAAAUCAAAGUUUCGAGUGUUAGUCCGGGACCAGUAGCUACAGACAUGUUAGAAGAUGUCCACAAAAUCAUCACAGACCGACCUAUGGUGGAUUAUCAAUAUCUCUAUGUGGAAGAUGUUGCGAAUGCCGUAAUCACAUCUUUGGCAACGCCACCAAAUGUUCUUAUAGCUGAAAUGACUAUCAUACCAACUGGAUCAUUAAUACAUACUCAUUUACAACCGAGUGCUCAAGUCGUCAAAAAUUCAAUGAACUUAUAA